UAGUAAUUAAAUGUAUUUUUGGAAAACAUGUGUUUUUGGGAAGGGUGAAGCAGUAUCCAUUUCUAGGCCGUUCCACGGCGUUGAGGGGUGGGUAGAAGAUGGGUAAAACUCUUACGGAAUCCAAACGCCUUCUGUUCGAUCGUCGCUACGGUUGGGUGAUUGAUGAAUGGAAACACCCUGCGGAAGAAGCUUUGGCAGGCGGCCGAGGAAUGUUUUGCAUAGUGCCCCUCGCGAAAACUCUGGUUAACUCAGUCACACAGAUGUUUAGCAUUGCAGCAACAUCUGCAGUGAAAGCUCUUGAAAAGCCAGAACUACUUUCACCUCAAGUACUACAAGCUGGUCUCCAUGAAAGGGUUGAGAAAUUCAUGUUGUCUGUACAAAACUCUGCAUUCCACUGUGGCUUGCAGAAAACAAAUUCUCCUUCUCCCGCCACUAGUUCCUUGGAUCUACAUGAUGAAAGAAUGGAUCACUGAGUGUAAAUGAUCCUCAUACACUUAGAUUUUCUUAAGGGAAAGAGAGAUUUCGAAACUCAAAUAAUUAAAAACUCUCUUUCCUUCCAUCUUCCUACGCUAUCAGCAGUUGUCAUUAGUUGUUGCCAUUGUCAUAAACUCAAAUAUUUACCUGUCACAAUUGCACUUUGAUGGUAGCGGACU